CACAAAGUGCCCUCAGGAUGCGCUGGGUGGGAGAUCUGUAUUGAAGUCGAAGUGGAAGAGUAACUGGAACUUGGUGCCUCGUGUCUCCUGCGUUGAGAUAAGACAUGGCAGGAAGUGAAAGAUGCCCUUCUGAAGCCCAGCGUCCGGCGCUACAGCCUCGUCCACCUGAGCAACACGAGUCAGUUAAGAGGGGAAUAGUCAUUCAGCUGACUGGAACAGAGGGUGAAUGGGACAGUCUUGAUGAUAAUGAGCUCAUUUUCACACUGGACAAGGAUGGUCAGAAGUCCCUCAGCUCCACAAGCUUCCUCCCAAAGCCCAGGCCAUGCUCCAUGGACAUCCAGACAGAUGACGAAUGGGGUCCCCACUCAUCCAUGUUCCAUGUGCCCUUGUCCCCGUCUUCUCCAGGUUCUUUGGGAGGUUGCUCCUCAUCCUCUGGUCUGGGCUUUCUCUCCCCCACCCACCGUCCACUGGCCAGCCUGGUGAAGUCUUUAUCCACGGAGCUGGAGCUGAAAGACACUUCUUCACUCAAGCCCAAGCCUCUCCUCAGCCUGGUUAAGUCCAUCUCCACUGAGCUUUCUCGCACCGAGCCUGAAGUUUCCCAGUCUAAGUCAGACUCCAAACUCAAUCUGCACCUGUGGACACAGCUGACCCAGCCUAAAAACCGCAAUGGGGACUCCCGCACUGCCCCCCCAUCCCCUGUCGACCUGUCUCCUUCUGAACCCAAAGCAGGCUUCUUCAAAGCGGAGCUGGAAGACACCCGCCGCAAGCUGACUGAGGCCAUGCACGAACCCCUCAGCGUCUUCAGCAAGAUCAUGCGUGAGGACAGUGUGGGCAGCCCUAAGCACCACAAAAGCACAGGUUCUAUGGAUUCUCUUUCCUCUAAAGGAUUUGGAAGGUCAAGUGGAGACCAUACAAUGUCCUAUGAGUGCCCUAUCAGGAGUGGUAAGAGAGUGGAAUGUGAUGGACUGCCCAUGUGUAACUGGGCUGUGAGACACCGUAAGAGAUGUCCUCAAAGAUCUUACCUUUCACACAGUCACCACAGCAAACCAGAAGACACAGAAGCCACACCAGAGGUGUGCACACAUGGAGAUGAUAUGCUAGAUGGAGAAAUAACCAAUAAAAGUGGCCCAGAAGCAGAACAACCAUGUUCUCCUGUCCCAAAGAUGGCUCUUGGCUGUAUUGUUGCUUCGUCCUACUGCUACUUCGUCUUGCCUUUGUCCCCUUAUUGGUCUGGAAUGUUUGUAGGCUUGGCACUGGGCUUCAUGCUAGGGCUCCUGCUUAUCCGAUUAGGUCUGACCACAGCACAGCCACAUACUGGGCACCCAUAUAGACUCAAUGAGAACCCAUAUGACAGGUUUCAGAGUGAGACUUUCCAGAGCAACACACACGCACUUAAGGGCUGGAUGAAUGAGAUGUAUGCAUAUGAUCCAGAGACCUGCUGCCCCUCCCUAAUGCAUUCCGUAUAUGCCAUGCUGGAUGGGUCUUGUCUUCGGCUGGACUACCCCAGAAACAGCAUCCCCCGCUGGGCCACGUUCGAUGAGCUGCCGCAUGAGAAAAGUUUCAUCCACUCUCGUACGUUCCAGCUGAGUGGAAGCAAGGUGUUCCUGCUGCCCCCAGUUCUGGCACGUAAAAGAGUGUGGAACAGGAAGUAUCCCAUCUGCAUCACUCUGGCUAAAGCAGAGGAGCAAACAGAGGAGGUGGGACCGGAGACUCACCCUGAGACACACGGAGCUGAGAAAUCAGCUCAUCUCCCAUCUAAACCCAGCCACCCCACCACACUCUACCUCUUCGGAAGAACAGGGAGGGAAAAGGAGGAGUGGUUCCAUCACCUUCUCUCUGCAUCUACUGUCAAAGAAGAGGGCCACUGUGAAACUACAUCAGGUAGGAGCAUAAUGAUCUGUACUACUGGAGUGAUUAUAGAAGAUAAUGACAUUUCAAUGCAGGUCACUGGUAUCUCCAGCAGGGGUAGCACUGAGAAUAUCUCGUCUGUGCCUGUGUUCCCUGCUGACCUGGUGGGCAGAAUGAGGGAGAAUGUCCUGCUGGAUUACACCUCCUACAUGACCUAUCUCAUCUGCUCAGCACACUCCAGUCCACUAGCAAGCUCCUGUCAUAGCAGCACUCAAGGCAGUCCCACUGACAAAGAGCAGAAUGUAUGUUAUCAUGGAGAGGAGACGCAGCCUGUCUGGAUCAAUGCCCUGAUUGGUCGAAUCUUCUGGGACUUCCUCCAUGAAAAGUACUGGACUGAUCAAGUAGCCCACAAGAUUCAGCGCAAGCUGAGCAAAAUAAGGUUGCCUUACUUCAUGGAUGAUCUGACCCUGACUGAGUUGACCAUGGGUUCCUGCAUGCCCCAGAUUACCAGCACAUCCCUGCCGCACAUCAAUACUAGAGGACUGUGGCUGCAGCUGGAGAUCGAGUACACAGGUGCCCUGCAGAUGACACUGGAAACCAAGAUUAACCUGUCCAAACUAGGCAAGGAUAGUGACACAGAGGCGGUUAGAGAGAUGGAGACCUACCAUGUGCACACGAGGUCCAAGCUCUCUGUUCUGGCUGAUAGUGAUGAAGAGUCCUCCAGUGCAGGGUCCUCUGAUGAAGAGGAGGCUCCAUCCACUGAGCCUCAAGGAACUCUGGGAGAGAAGGGAACUGUUCCUGGUGCUGAAAGCGGUGCGGCUGUGGGCAGCACAGGCCGGCGGAUUUUGAGAUUUGUCGACAAAAUCGCUAAAUCCAAGUACUUCCAGAAGGCCACAGAAAAUGAGUACAUCAAAAAGAAGAUUGAGGAGAUGUCCAACACGCCUCUGCUCCUUACGGUCAAAGUUCAAGAACUUUCUGGAACACUUGCUAUCAACAUUCCACCUCCGCCAACGGAUAGAAUAUGGUACAGUUUCUGUGUGCCGCCAAAGCUUGACCUACGAGUCAGGCCCAAACUAGGAGAACGGGAGGUGACCUUCUGUCAUGUGACUGAAUGGAUUGAGAAAAAGCUACAGGAUGAGUUUCAGAAAGUGUUUGUUUUGCCAAACAUGGAUGACAUAUACCUCCCUCUAAUGCACUCUGCCAUGGAGAGCCAGCCAGCGCCUCAGCAGAAUCCAACACCACACUGUUCUACUAUCAACUCCUCUGAGACCUGCAGCCUCAGCCAUACUUCCCAAUCAGACUAGUGCCUCAUUGUGGCCACUUGUGAAAAUACAUCACCACCCCUUCAGUGGGUAGGUCAUGGAGUUAUUAAGUCCAAAAAACAACAGGAGUGGAGUUCAGACUUGCUUACAUUUCCUUUUACAU